GUGCCGUAAAGGAUUAUAUUAAGAUGAUGCUUCAGAAUGAGUCUCUUAAAUUUCUGAUUUUUGCUCACCAUUUAAGUAUGCUCCAAGCUUGCACAGAAGCAGUCAUUGAAAACAAGACUCGUUACAUUAGGAUAGAUGGAAGUGUUCCAUCUUCAGAAAGGAUUCAUCUAGUCAAUCAAUUUCAAAAGGAUCCUGAUACUCGUGUAGCUAUCCUGAGCAUUCAGGCUGCUGGACAGGGUUUAACAUUUACUGCUGCAAGUCAUGUUGUAUUUGCUGAAUUGUACUGGGACCCUGGACAUAUAAAACAAGCAGAAGACCGUGUUCACCGAAUUGGACAAUGCAGUUCUGUGAAUAUUCACUAUCUUAUUGCAAAUGGAACUCUAGACACCCUAAUGUGGGGAAUGUUGAAUCGAAAGGCUCAGGUCACAGGAAGCACAUUGAAUGGUAGAAAGGAAAAACUUCAGGCUGAGGAAGGUGAUAAAGAAAAAUGGGAUUUUCUGCAAUUUGCUGAAGCAUGGACUCCCAAUGACAGUUCUGAAGAGCUCAGGAAGGAAGUUCUAUUUACUCAUUUUGAAAAAGAAAAGCAGCAUGAUAUUCGAUCAUUCUUUUUACCAAAACUUGAAAAAAGACACUUGGAGACAUCCUGUGAUGAAUCAAGGAUAUUCCAGGAAAAAAGUGCUAUAGUGGCAUCAGACUCUGGAAAAAUAGUUACCAAAGAUAUUGACUGUGAAAGUAAUUUUGAACCUAAAACUAAAAGAUUGAAAUUGAUCACCACCACUGACCACAACAGUGAACCAGAGGAGAAACCGUCCUGGCCCAAACAAACCAAAUUUUCACUCAUGGAAGGUGUCCCUGAAGCCAAAUCCCUGUCACCUACUCUACCCCUUCAUGGAAAGGACUGGCAGUGUGGUUUCUGCACCUAUAUCAAUAAUUUUGCACUUCCUUAUUGUGAAAUGUGUGAGAAUCUUCAAAGCAGUGCUGCAAUUCCACAAAUAGACAGCCUCAACAUUAUUCGGGGUAAAAACAAAAAUGAGGAAGAUGAUUCUCAGAAAGACACCUCCAAAAAAGUUCAAGCUAGCUUCAACUGUGAAAAACAAGUCCUGGAACUGUCAGAACCAGACCAGUUGACUGAGGGCAAUGAAGAAACAUCAGAAGUUCAGAGGGAAGGCAGUCAUACACCCCAGGCAGAUAAUGAGCAGUUCAAGAGCUCAGAUACUCUGCCAGUGUAUGAUGCCUUAAUGUUUUGUGCAAGUAUGAAUACUGACCGGAUUCACCUCUAUACUAAGGAUGGAAAACAGAUGAACUGUAAUUUCAUUCCUUUGGAUAUAAAAUUAGACCUUUGGGACGAUUUACCAGCAAGCUUUCAACUGAAACAAAAUCGCUCACUGAUUUUGAGGUUUGUUCGAGAAUGGAGUAAUCUAACUGCUAUGAAACAAAGGAUAAUCAGGAAAAGUGGGCAGCUGUUCUGUAGCCCAGUCCUUGCUUUGGAAGAGAUCACAAAACAACAAACCAAACAAAAUUGUACCAAAAGAUACAUAACCAGAGAAGAUGUUGCUGUAGCCUCGAUGGACAAGGUGAAGAAGGAUGGGGGCCAUGUCCGUCUGAUCACAAAGGAGUCCAGGCCUUUGGACCCUUCCACAAAAGAGCUUCUUGAAGAUGGAGCCUGUGUCCCAUUUCUAAAUUCCUACACAACCCAAGCUAAUCUCACUGUGAAGCCUUCUACAUCCAAAGGCUAUUUGCAAGCUAUGGAUAAUGAAGGAAACCCACUUUGCCUUCACUGUCAGCAUCCCACUUGCCAAACUAAGCAAGAGUGUAAAGCAAAUGCUUGGGAUUCACGAUUUUGCUCUCUGAAAUGUCAGGAUGUUUGGAUUCGAUCUAAUAAUGGUUACCUACGAGCCCAAGUAUUUGAAACUGAACAUGGUGUGUGUCAGCUAUGUAAUGUGAAUGCACAAGAACUCUUUUUACGUGUGAGAGAUGCCCCUAAAAGUCACAGGAAGAACCUUCUGGAUGCUACCUGGACUUCAAAGCUCCCAUUAGAACAGCUAAAUGAAAUGAUAAAAAACCCGGGAGAAGGACAUUUCUGGCAGGUGGAUCACAUCAAGCCAGUAUAUGAGGGAGGGGGACAGUGCUCCCUGGACAACCUGCAGACUCUCUGCACAAUCUGUCACAAACAGAGAACUGCCAGACAAGCCAAGGACAGAAGCCAGGAGAGAAAAAAAUCUCUAGCAUCAAAGCAUGGAUCAGACAUCACACGAUUUUUGGUAAAAAAGUAG